CCGUCACCUCAACACAGUAUCUGAUAACAUAAUGAUAGCGAUAACACCUGAUCGCGACAUACGAAUAAUCCCGAAGAACAAAAGAUUAAUAGCGCUCCAAGAAUAGGCGCGCCCAUAGUUCUGGCCAAAAGAUUUAACGAUAAAGUUAGUUUUGAUAAAUGUCGAAUGGUUAAUUCUGAGCAGUUGCAUCACUCGGAGGAGACGCACGCGCACGGUCGGCGACAUACACAAACAAUCUCUGAGGUGGAACGACCGCUCUUUGUUUUUACUCGAGUUUCAAACAAGAUCUUGGAUAUGUGAAGGCGGAACACCAAAAUGGCUCUCUCGACAAAUUGCUGGAAAUAUCUUGUGUUAACUUUCAAUGUUUUGUUCGCGAUGUCAGCAGUGGUCUUGUUUGGCGCGAGCGGCUACCUGCUAUACAGGUUGUUCGUGUAUCGGCACUUCAUCGGAGUCAAUGUGGAGUAUCCAGCUAUCCUGCUCCUGAUGAUGGCCAUCAUUACAUGCUCUAUAGCGUGGAUUGGGUGGAGGACAGCCAAGUCCUUGCAUCAGAUCCAUGUCAUAUUGACUGGCGUCCUCAUCGUGAUAGUGGUGGUGGUGGAAUUCUCGUGCUUCGUGUGGGCCAUGGUGGUGUGGGACAGCGUGGACAUCGACAUCAAGAACUCCAUGACGGGCUACUUCAACCAGAUGCUGGCCGCCAACCAGCCGGAGUCUGCUGACGCUAUAAGAUGGGAUAGACUUCAUGUCAAGUUCGAAUGCUGCGGCGUGGGUGGGCCCAACGACUUUGGCAAGAAGGGCGCAGUCCCCUUCUCCUGCUGCGGGCAGGGGCCCCUGGACGCCCAGUUCAAGCCGUACACGGCCGACUGCUCCGCCAUGUUCCAGAGAGGCUGUGGGAAGCCCCUGCACGAUUAUGCCAGGGAACACCUCAUGUACAUCGCUAUGACUGCGCUGGUCGCUUCUGUGUUGCAGAGUACCGGUAUCUUCUGCACGUUCUUCUUAGCCCAAGCCAUCCACAAGAGGCGCCGGGCUUCCAUCCGGGCCAGCACCAUGCGAGAGUCCACCUUCUCAGCGCCUGACGACUCGCUUCUCUCUCCCACCGCUCCUGCCGCGACCUUGCCAAAGUAUUAAGUUUUUGACAGUAAACUGACAGAGGUCCAGAUGAUGCGUUUUUGUUUUGCCGCUCGCGCGUUUUGAAAAUGAACCUCACAAUCGUGCGAGUAAAAACGCGUCAUCUGGACCAGCUCAUAAGCUAUAGAGUAUAAGGCCCGUAUUACGAAACUACUGAUUGGUUAAAGUAUGUAAUUAACUUGUUACAACUUACUACUGCUUGUGUGGACUGUAUUUCUGGACUGUAGUGCCUGGUGGUGGCUGUUAUGCUAGAAGGUAGAGAAAGACAUCUCAUCGAGCUAACCAUAGUGUAUUGACAGUAUUGUCUGAUAUUAAAACAAGACUUUAAAAGGAGACCAAAGAUUUAAAAAAGUAAAAAAAUACAAAUAAGCAACGACGAUCUUUUUGAUCGUUGGUGGAACUGCCAGCAACUUAGCUAUUUGGACCAAAUCACACCAUGACAGAAUAAUUUAUGCUUGAAUUCGUAAUACGGGCUGAAAAAGUAAUCGGAAAAGGUGACUCGAAUUUAAUACUGGGCGAUAGAUAUUUUUAUACUGUGACUUUAGGAUAGUGAAUUUAUUUUAGUUUUUGGAAAAUAAGCAUAUCGUAAGUAGUAUCGAUGUCGAUCCCAAAUAUAUUUUAUAGCUCAUUUAAAAGUGCUUUUUCAUCCGUUACUUAAAGCAUUUGUUGUUUUGAUAUUUCAAUCGAAUGCCAAAAGCAUUUUGUAGACGAGAGCACGUCAAGCUUCACAUUGUGGGGUCUUAUCUAUUUGUGAUAGAUGUUAAUUUGCAAAAAAAAUGUAUAAUCUGAUGUGCUUUCGUCCAUACACUUUGAAUGAAAUCCGCCCGUGUUUAUGUAUGUCACAAAAUGUUUUACCACAAAAUAGUGCUUUACUCAUAAAAUAAGUAUUGUGUGUUUCUCUCACACUGACUGGACAUUAAGGAAUUGAUAAAACUAUGGUUGUGUAGUAUUAAAAUGCGCACAAAUAAAUAUUAUUUACCUAUGUAAGUAAGUAUUUAAAACACGGAGUGAAAGACUUCAUUUUCGUUAUUUUUAAGAAACUUUUAGUAUGAUGUGAUUACUAUAUGAAUUGUAUGGUUUAAAGUGAUUUGAAUGUGUGUUGUGUGCAUUAUGGCUGUUAUGUGUAGUAUUAGGGUUGUCCCAAAUGUUUUUUAAAGUAUUUUGGAUUUUUAUAGUAACUAUUUGUACCAAUAAAUGAUGAAAUAA